UUCCAGGUUGAUUUAAUGAACUCGUCCCUCUGUGAUGCAGGAUCUCAAGGUUUACCCACCAACAGCAUUUUGUCCAGAAUCCUUCAGACUCAGAUGUUGGACUCGUUGGACAUCGAAGGGCUUUAUCCUCUGUACUGCCGAGUGGAGCAACACCUGCAGGACUUCCCCAAGGACAGGACUGGCCUCCAGAUAGACGGACCGUACGACCAGAACUUCUUGGAGAAAGUGCAGAAAUGUUCGAUGGAGGACGACGGCUCUGUGGAGUACGCUGCUGCCAAGGUCCAUCAAUACCGGAUCGCCAUGACAGCCAAGGACUGCUCCAUUAUGGUUACACUGGUUCCCAGUAGUGAAGAAGAGGACAAUGAUGAAGAACUCUCCUCCCAGAAGCGUCUCAGGGACUUCAGACCUCAGGCCUUCUCCUCCUCCGUCUCCGUCCUGGAUCUGGACCCCAAGCCGCUGGACAGCGUCCCCCGCCAGCUGCGUCUGGACCAGAAGAUCGUCUCGUGUUACCUGAGGACGGGCGGUGCCUUGCCCAACGGCUCCCUGCCGCCGCUGCCCAGCAUCCUGGCGGCGGAGAGGGAGGAGCGAGCGUUGCUUUUCCAGGCUGUGUGAAGGGACCGGCUCCGAGGUCAAGAGGUCACCGCCCAGAGAGCAGUCGGAUCAGAACCCGGCGCCAGUUCUGUUUUACUUCACCACAAACUCGCAGCUUCACUCUGACCUCUCCUGAAGCUGUUGUCAUAGCAACGGGCUCUGAUGCUUUGAGGUCAUCAUCAUCAAACACUGUCAGCAGGCGUCUGCUGAAACGCUUUAAAAGGUCAAAUUAAAGGGUCGGUUGAACCCGACCAGAACCUCCUGGGAACCUCUCUGUAUGUGGGAUCCAACAGAGCUGGGACAGAACCUCUGACGUUUCCACUGAUAACAGGAAGUGAUUUACUGUCAGUCUUUUCCUGGGUCCAGUUGAGCCAGAACCUCCCAGUGUCUGAGCAGAGCGGGUUUGGUUCUGUUUGUGCCGGACCGGACCAGACCGCUCAUUGGGAUCAGAGCAGAUUUCUGUCUGGAUGUUAAACAAACAGCAGCAUUCAGAGGUUCUGAUCCGGCCCCGGUUCUUUCCUCUGAUCCGGUUCCUUCCCCUCUCUGUUUGGGUGUUCUGGUUCUGCAGUUCUUCCUGCAGGUCUUCCAGACGGUUCUUUUGGACUUUGGCUGAUAUUCAGUUCUUUUCAGUCCAACAGAGAAAUAGAACCUUAUGGAGGUUCUGGAGAACCACUGAUCCAAACAGAGAAGUAGUGAGGAAUUGAGGACUGGUUGGAUAUCAGGAGGUUCUGGAGUCCAACUUCUGGACUGAAAGCUGCUCCAGAGUCCAUCCAGACCCCUUCAGAAUCUUUCUAGAACUCAGAGCGUUUCAUCGACCUGGACUCUGCGGUGAAGGUCCAAUCUGACCUCUGACCUGCUUUUUUUUUGUGCCAAACAUGGCUGGUGCUGGUUCUGGAAGACGAUGAUGGUGCGUUUGUUGAGGAAGCGAACUCUGUUACAGGCUGCGUUCCCCUGCAGCCCGGCCCAUUCAGCAGGUCAGGACCGAUUCUGCUGGACCGGCCAGCAGCGGCUUCAGAGAAACCGCUGACCUUUGCCCUUGGUUCCUGUUGAAGGCGCUCUCCUUUGGCCAAUUAGUAACAGUGUGAGCUCACUGAACGGCACCGCAGACUGGAAACGUUCCAGUUCAACUGGGAGGAUUUUCAGGUUACGGCUCUUAAUCUGUAAAAUGUUGAUAAAGUCGAUUUGAUGAGACGCUCCAAAGGUUUACACACUCCUGUGAACGUAUCCACUUCCUGUGGGGCAGAAGCCGACUUUAUUCACCUGGAACACAAACUAUCCUGUUAGUGGGGAAAACAGAACCAGUUAAAUCUGUAAUGACCCGGCCAAGUUUACGCACAGGUUCUGGUCCAGUUCUAGCAUUCUGAGGAACCUGAAGUAAACUUCAGCUGUAAUCUUCCUCACAUCUGUUCAUGUUCCACAGGGUCAGAUGGUUUAAAGGUAUCAGUCAGGAGAAGGGCACAAAACACUAAUCUGCUAGAAAGCUGAAGCAUUUUUUUGUCCAUCAUCUCCGAGAGACCAAACAUCCAGUCAGAACAUUUAAUCAAUGAUUUCAUGGGAGGAAAACUACAUAGUUUUAGAACGGCCUAGUUAAAACCCAGAUUGAAAACCAAUUAGCUGAAGAGGCAAGUGGAGAAUAGACUGGAGAACUUUUAUAAAGCAGGCAGAAUGACUCCCUGACGCAGCUUCUUGUUUUUCCAGGAUAAAUGUCACAUUUAAUGCUUCCAGAAGUUUCACCGCCACAGAAAGUGACUUUAGCAGGGGUGUGAAAACUUUACAACCUCUGAAAACUAACAAACGAUGACAGCAGAGGGGAACAUUCAGGUUGUUUAAUACUAAAAGAAAAAAUAAAUGUUCAAAGUAAAUGACAUAUGAACAGUUUUAGUGAGAUUUUUAUGUUAAGAAAUUAAAAAAUAUUUUAAAUGUGCAGAAAAGGGGAUAAAAAUGUGAAAUCAGAGGAUAUUUAGUUACAUUUAACUUCAGUUUGAAAUUGUUAAAAAUCUGAGCUGGAACCUGAUUGGCCGGCUGCCUGAGCGCCUCCAUUCACUGAGGGUCAUAGGUCAUCAGCUCUGUGAUUCCUGCAGAGAGGAUGUAAAGGCCAAACAGCUGUCUGGUGUUUUCUACUGAAAUCAUUUUAUUUUUGUAGAUUUGGACCAACAGGCUCCGCUGGUUCUGCCGUCACAGUCACGCUCUUUGUAUCAGAAUAAACAUUUGUACUGGACCGAA